CACCUCCUCCCUGUCCCCACUCUGGGGGGCUGCCCAUCUUGCUGCUGGACUGCUCUCAGAGGGACACCAGCAUGCAUAGGCACUCCUGGGCAUGACAGGAGGGGACCUGGAGCCUGGCUGUGGGACCAGAGCCACCCACAUGGCCAGGAGGCUGAGGAUGGAGCGUGCCACUUGUACCCAGGUGUGCCCUGGUGUUGGUGUGCUGUUGGCCCAGCUCUGCUCCUCCCUGCCCUGGGCCAGGGCUCUGGCUGCCUCGCCAGGCUGAACUCCUUUGCCUUCUGGGCUGGCAGGCAUGGGACAGAGCACAGAGCCACCCACCAGCCACAUCCUCCACAGAAGAACCACAGUCCUCUCCCCAGGCCUCAGCCAGCUCUGUGGAGCCAGUUGCUCCUCCAGCAGCACACCCGGGGUCCCUGCCUCAGCUGGGGGGAGCGCAGCCCUGGCCACAGCCCCGACCACUGCCAUCCCUGUGGCCUCGCUGGCUCCAAUGAGUAAAUCAGGUGCAGAUGUGGAGUCAGGACCGGGUGCCUGCUUACAGUUAGGGGCUGGGAAGACUGGGGCGGCCCCGUUCCUGCCUUGCAGUUCCUUGCCAUGGCUGCUGCUUUACCGGGAUGAACCCCCAAUGUGUUGUGCAAGGGACAGGGCUGAUGAGCAAAGCUCCUGCUUGCUUGGCCUACUGAUGCCCAACUCAGCACAUGGUGUGUGCCGUGUCCCCACAGGGAGCAGCACAUGGUCUGGUCCCAUGCAACUCGUUCCCUGUACCAGCUGUAGCACUCCCCCACACAGCUGGGGCAGGAAGAGGUGGCGGGGCUGCAGCAGGGACAAGGCAUGACACUGCCCACUGUCCUGCCAGAUCAGCCUCGACUUGUAUGUUCCCCGCUCAGCCUUCACUGCCCCAAUCUGUGGAUGCUCCUGUGCCACGCUGGGGGCUUGGUGAAGCCUGGGCUCCUGGUGUCCCUGUCCUGCAGCCCCUGCACUGGGCCCCACAUUCUUGGCUCCCCAGAGGGAGCAGCAGGUUUAUGUUUGCCAAGUUCUGCCUGGUUAAACCUUAACUGAGCUGGGUUGCUCCAUCAGUCCCUCCCUGCCAGAGAUAAGGAUGGGCAGGCAAGACCAGGGCCUGGUGGGAUGUGCUGCCCCGAACCUGGCUGCUUGCCUCCAGGGCAGGACCCUAGCCCCUGCCUAGUCUGGGGCAGCUGCCUGCCCCUCCAGCUUGUCCCCUGCCUUCCUCAGUGGCUCCCUGCUGAUGUGAGGGCAGCAGGUUGUGGCUGGGGCUGAAAGCUACCAUGUUGAAGCCAGUGGGACUGGAUGGAGCUGGAAGCCCUUGUGCUGGGGCUCACCCCUUUGAUCCAGGACUGACCCACUCCCACAGUGUCAGAAGGUUCACAUCACCCCGGUUCAUGGCAUGAGCCUGCUCAGCCUCAGAUCCUAUGCACGUACAGGGUACAGUGAGCUGGGGCUUCUGUGCCCCGAACAAGAGCCGUUCAGGGCAGGCCAAGAGAAACUUCCAGGAGGAAAGAGCCCCCCAGGCUCCGGCCCCCACAGGAGCCACCGUGCCGCGCGGGCUCUGGCUGGCCACAGGUGCCACCGCAGCGGGAGUGGCGGCGAGUGCUGGGGCCAGGCACAAGGGGCGGCUGUGUUCCCGCAGCUCCGGCUGCCUUCCAAGAGCAAUAUUGCUGGCACCAGGCAGGCUCCCUGCACCGGCAGCACAUACAUGGGCCUUUCAUGAGGGGAGUGGGGAUGAUUUACUGCCUGGGGGAAGGAGCAGGGGCGGGAGGAUGGAGCCCCAGCAUGCCGGCGCCCGGCCCCUUGUGCAUGCUCGCUGCCGCAGGGCCCCGCACGUGUAAGCAAGGCCGAGUCUGGCCAGGGGGUCGUGUCCAAACGGGGCAUGGGGCAAGAGCAGGUCCGUCUGCUCCAUCUGUGGAGUUCUGGGAACGCACUUCAUCUCUGGACAUCCUGAUGUGUCUGAGCUAAGCAACCACGGAUCGCAUAUCCCUUGUGGUGCCACAGUGAUGGGAGCAGCCCAUGAGCUGGGGGAGACAGGGGCACCAGAGGAGGGUGCUGGGGUAGGGGUGCACCCACACCGCAGAGUGCUGUGCUGGCACAAUCCCCCCUUGUUGAGCUGCUGGCGUGGCAGAAGCCGUUGUGGUGCUGGCCGGCAGCGGGUGGCAGGCGGUGGGGCUGGGCUGCUGUGAAGGGCUUUUUGUUUGCCGUCAGUUGCUGUUAUAAAUCAAGCCAGGCAGCCCAGCCCCGGCCCAGCACUGCCCGACGGCAGGGAGGUGACCAGUUCCCAGCCGCCUACAGCAGAGCCCCACCAAACCCUGGCCUGUGCCCGGCAUUCCCCUGGCCAAUGGGGAUGUUCAGUGUGACACUGGGCGAGGUGCCUGCACUGAUUUGCUUGCCCUUCUUCCACUCAGCAUUGGGGAACCCUGGGAUACAGGGAAUCUUUCCAUGUUCAUCCCAGGCUGUGGAUCCCACAGGCUCCCCAGAGUCCAAGCUCUCCCUGGUGUUCCCAAUACUGGGAACAUCCCCUUCUCUCUGGUUUUAAUUUGGUUUUGGUUCGAAUUGAGCUGAACCCAACAUUUUUCUGUGCUUCCGGCAUGCUGUGAACUCUGCAGGGGCGGCUGCUGCUCCGUGAAAUUGAUGUUCUUGUCCGCUUCACGCAUCAGUAGGAAUGAACAGCUGCUGGGGGCUGCUGGCCCCGGGACUGCUGUGUGCACCCCUGCACCCCAAGGAGACACGAGCAUAGGGAGCAGCACGGAGUGGGAGAUUGUAGCACCAACCAGACCUCACAGUGAUAACUGUGAUGCUGGAAGUUGCUGGUUUGGCACAGUGGAGCAGCACGGACAGGGCUGUGCCCAGGACUCGUAGUGUGGCCCUACAAAAUGAGGGGUGACAGUGUCAGCGCAUCCCACUCAACACAGCCUCAAGAUCCAUACCAGGUAUGGGCAAGGCUGUGUGUCAGGCUCAGCACAGCCCUGGAAGGUCUUACUGGGAAGCAGAAAGUGGUGAAGCAGAUGGCGAUAGAGCAAAGGGAUAGCAGCUCUUUGGGCCAGACCCUGGCUGUGUACUGGGGAUACUGGCCCCUCUUGAUGGCAGCAGGAUGCUCAGGGGACGUUGUUCUGUGGGACUACACCAGCUCAAGAGCGUCUGAGGCCAGGCUUCCCCCAAUGCCCAGGGGUCCUGCGUGGGCCAACGAGCAGCAAGGGCUGGGCAUGGUGGGGUCUGCCUGCCCCAACACAGGCAACAGCAUAGGGAAGGUGAGGGCGAAGUGUUUAUGGGUCGGAUUAGGCCACUCCAACGCUGGCUCGCAUCUUAGCCGCGUUUUAUGACGCUCCUAAUGAGGGUCACAGCCACUUUAUGGCACCGACAGCGAUAACGCUACAACUAAUUAUGGCACAAUUAGCGUGUGGGCUGCUGGGCAUCCAGCAACGCUCAGCGCCCAGCCCGGGCCACGACACCUGCUUGGGGCUGGAGUGCUCCCACUCCCAGCAACUGCGGGGAAACGGAGGUGGCCUUGCCCCCUGUCCCAUCUGCUGCUCCCCACGCGUGCGGUCUGUCGAGGGGACGGCACAGGGGAGCAGCCCCGGGUGUUUUGCAGCCCCUGUGUUCCCCACCCGCGAGGGGAGGCUGCACCCGCGGGGCUGAGACGGAGGGGCCCGGGGGCCGCCUCUCGCUGCUGGGGGGAGGGUCGGUGCUACCCCCCCCCCCCCCCACUUCUCCCGCCCAGCUCGGCGGCGGGUCGGUUUGCAGAGGUGCCGGCGGAGCGGGGCCGGUCCCCGUCCCCCCCUCCCGCCUCCCAGCGCUCCGGGCGGGGCCGCUGUAACCCGAGCGCGUCGCUACAAAGUGCCCGCGCCCCCGCGGCGGCGGCAGAGCGGGGCCGGAGCCAGCCUGGAGCGAGCCCCAGCCCUGCUCGCAGCCCGAGCCGUCCCGAGCCCGGAGCCGUCCCGAGCCCGGAGCCGGAGCCGUCCCCGGCCCUGCCGCCAUGGGGCCACGGUGUGGGGCGCGGCGGCGCUGAGCCCGCUGCCCCCGGACUUUGCCCCGGCCCGCGCAGCGCAGGCGGCUCCGCCGCGGGAGCCCGUCACCGCCGGGUGGGACCCCCCGCGCCGGGGGGGCCUGGAAGAUGCGGCCCCUCUUGCAAGUCGUGGCGGGGCUGCUGCUGGCGGCGGCUGCACGGGGCAGGGCGAUGGAGCCAGAGCUAUUUGAGAGCCCCUUGCUGGAGUCAGAAGAAGAACAUCUCCUGCUGGACCCAGGCAACACAUUGAAGCUGUACUGUGAUGCCAACCAGAGUGGUGCCAGUGUGGUCUGGUACAAGGAGUCCCGGCCACUCGUCUCGGGGGCUCGCAUCCGUCUCUGGCAGAGCCUGCUGGAGAUCUCAGAGGUUGCCUAUGAGGACUCAGGGCUCUACGUGUGCCGGGCACGGGGGACUGGGGAGGUUCUGCGCAACUUCACCAUCUCUGUCUUGGGUAGGAGCCCCAGCAGCACCACGCAGCUGCCCCCAGGGCAGCAAGGCAGCCACUGCCCGCCCAGCCCUGCAGGCAGGGCUGUCCGUCUCAACCCAUUUCCCUUUGCAGACUCCCUGGCAUCAGGUGAUGAUGAUGAAGAUAGUGAUGGGGACAGUCCCCACGGAGAGCAAAAUGAGGAAUCAGUCUAUGUGCACAGAGCUCCUUACUGGACUCACCCACACCGGAUGGACAAGAAGCUGUAUGCAGUCCCUGCGGGGAACACGGUGAAGUUCCGCUGCCCGGCCUCAGGCAGCCCCAGCCCCAGCAUCCGCUGGUUCAAGAAUGGGCGCGAGUUCCGAGGGGAGCACCGCAUCGGGGGCAUCCGGCUCCGGCACCAGCACUGGAGCCUGGUGAUGGAGAGCGUGGUGCCCUCUGACCGCGGCAACUACACUUGCCUGGUGGAAAACAGGUUUGGCAGCAUCCACUACAGCUACCUCCUGGAUGUGCUGGAGAGGUCCCCGCACAGGCCCAUCUUGCAGGCUGGGCUGCCCGCCAACACCACAGCCCUGGUGGGCAGCGAUGUGGAGUUCUUCUGCAAGGUCUACAGUGAUGCCCAGCCCCACAUCCAGUGGCUGAAGCACAUUGAAGUGAAUGGCAGCAACUACGGUCCCGAUGGGGUCCCCUAUGUGCAAGUGCUCAAGACUGCAGAUAUCAACAGCUCCGAGGUGGAGGUGCUGUACCUGCGCAAUGUGUCCGUGGAGGAUGCUGGCGAGUACACCUGCCUGGCAGGGAACUCUAUUGGCCUCUCCUACCAGUCUGCCUGGCUCACCGUCCUGCCAGAAGAGGAGCUGGUGCGGGAAGCUGAGGCCCCUGAGACCAAGUACACAGACAUCAUCAUCUACACCUCGGGCUCACUGGCCGUGGCCAUGGCCAUUAUUGUCGUGGUGCUGUGCCGGAUGCAGACUCAGUCGAGCAAGCAGCACCUGGAGCCUAUGGCAGUCCACAAACUCUCCAAAUUCCCACUCAUCCGACAGUUCUCCCUGGAUUCCAGCUCCUCUGGGAAGUCCAGCACAUCCCUGAUGCGUGUCACCCGUCUCUCCUCCAGCUGUGCCCCGAUGCUGGCUGGUGUCAUGGAGCUGGACCUGCCCCUUGACGCCAAGUGGGAGUUCCCCCGAGACAAGCUAGUGCUGGGGAAGCCCCUGGGGGAAGGCUGCUUUGGCCAGGUGGUGCGGGCAGAGGCUUACGGCAUCGACAGAGACCGGCCAGACAGAGCUGUCACCGUGGCUGUCAAAAUGCUGAAAGACAACGCCACCGACAAGGACCUGGCUGACCUCAUAUCUGAGAUGGAGAUGAUGAAGCUCAUGGACAAACACAAGAACAUCAUCAAUCUUCUGGGAGUCUGCACACAGGAUGGGCCGCUGUAUGUGAUUGUGGAGUUCGCUGCAAAGGGCAACCUGCGCGAGUACCUCCGUGCCCGCCGCCCCCCGACACCUGACUAUGCUUUUGAUGUCAUGGCAAUGCCUGAGGAGCAGCUCUCUUUCAAGGAUCUGGUCUCCUGUGUCUACCAGGUGGCCCGUGGCAUGGAGUACCUGGAGUCCAAACGGUGCAUCCACCGUGACCUGGCUGCCCGCAACGUGCUGGUGACAGCAGAGAGCGUGAUGAAGAUCGCUGACUUUGGCUUGGCCAGGGACGUUCACGACAUCGACUACUACAAGAAAACCAGCAACGGUCGCCUGCCAGUGAAGUGGAUGGCACCCGAGGCCCUGUUUGACCGUGUCUACACCCACCAGAGCGACGUGUGGUCCUUUGGGAUCCUGAUGUGGGAGAUCUUCACACUGGGGGGCUCCCCAUACCCUGGCAUCCCUGUGGAGGAGCUGUUCAAGCUGCUGAAGGAGGGGCACCGCAUGGACCGGCCAUCCAACUGCACCCACGAGCUGUACAUGCUGAUGCGGGAGUGCUGGCACGCCGUGCCCUCACAGCGCCCCACCUUCAAGCAGCUCGUGGAGGGGCUGGACAAGAUCCUGGCGGCCGUUUCGGAGGAGUACCUGGACCUCUCCAUGCCCUUCGAGCAGUACUCGCCCUCCUGCGAGGACACCGCCAGCUCCUGCUCCUCUGACGACUCCGUCUUCACCCACGACCCGCUGCCACUGGCUCCCCACCUCUUCUCCUAUCCCAGCGUGAGGACUUAAGGGAGGGCAGGGAAGGGUGAUGCCGAGGCCACCUCUGCCCUUGUGGGGAGGGGGUCCAGGUUCCUGCAAGGUCCCUGCUUUGUCCGGGCUGAGCAGUGGGUGGGCAGAGCCCUGAGCCACAGCACCGGGGCAGGGUGUCCCUCUCUCCAGGCUCCUUCUGGGCACUGAGCCAUCAGCCCUGGCUGCGAUCUGCCUGGUAUUGUGGGGCAGCAGGAGCUAGAGCCUCUCCAGGCAGGCACUGCCUGGCAUGCCCAUGGCAUUGCCCAGGGAGAUGGGCUUUGGCCAGUGCUUCAGUGGAAGUGUCUCUGGGCAGGAGCCCCGCUGCUGCCAGGCUCCUGCUGCAUCUGUACAUAGCCACAGAGAUGAAUAUUUAUGUACGUGAAAUAUCAACCUGAUAAAUUAUUUUUUUGGAAUACA